AUUUGGUGUAUUUGUGCUUACGUGAAUACUAUUCGGAAAUGGAGGACUCACAGUUCCCGGUUUACAUUCCCGAUGCUGAUUACGAUUUGGAGGACGAAAUCGGCAACGAUACGUCAUCGCAUUUGGAAGAGGAAGAAGUGUUCGCUAAUCCGACCUACGAACUCGACGUCCAAGCCGACAGAGUAGAUCGAGAUGAAGUGGAGAACGAUGACGAUGUGAACACCAAUCAUGUCAAUGAACCCGUUGAAGUCAGUGACCACCAAGAAGAGGUAGCAGUCCUCGAUGUCGUAGCCGUGGAACACAACGAGACGUCGUCCGAGAGGUCUUCGGAGGUCGAACAUCGAGGUCACGAUAUGAUGAAUGGAGCCAUCCCAACUAUCCCUGCUCGACCGAACGGAAUGGACGUCGAACGGGCGGGCGAUUUCCCCACGACGAGGCACGACCUCACUGCUGAAGGAAAACGGAUACGUGAAAGAGAGCUAACAAUUUGCAUGUCUAUGUUCGUCGUCACCAUUAUCCUGCUCGUCGUCAGUCUCGUUAUUUACUUUGCCGUAUCAUCAGCCAGAAGCCUGUCCACGACAACGGAAAGUCCCAUGUCAUCAGCAACACCAUAAGAACUCAACACCAUGGAUACGUUACACCAUCCGCUGACAUCUGCACUGUGAUAUUUACACUUGGUAUAAAAUAAUAUCACUUACUUCGAACAAACUUUACACCAUUCCGGAAAGGUCAAUGAUUAUGCAAUUCAAUAUAUUGUUCGAACGAAUGCAUUUUCAGACAUUUAUUGUUAGUGUCAUAAUCAUGUUUAGCCACAGUUACACGAGUUUCAAAUUAUUUGACAAUCAUUGUCGAAUACGAGAUCCUACUCAAUUCAAUUGUCAAUCUUUAAUCACGUUAAUGCAUUCACCAAAUCUCUUAAAUUUUACAUUUUCGGGUACCAUAAAACACGAAGAGAAGAUCCAACACCUCGUGAACCUGUCAUGUUUUAGGUCCGAGAGUGCGAAAAUAAUUGAAUCUGACAUCUCUUCAACAUGUUCAACCCGGCUUGUUGGGGUCCGAGAAGCUGGAUGACGAUAUUCUGCAUCUCAAUGACUCAACGUUAUAAAAAAAUUAAGAAAGCAAAAAAGACAAGAUGCGGUAACCCAUCGGUUUUUCUAGCUCGGUAUACACUGCAAAAACUCCGGUGUUUAUUUAAUACCAGUCCAGAAUCUAUAUAUAUCCACACCAGUCACCAGAGAAGUGUUAAACAACACCAGUUUGGUUUUGGUCUAACACCAGAUAUGUGUUUAUACAACACCAAUUAGUAUUAAAACAGCAUCGCUUUGAUUCCAAACUGGUGUUAUUUCAAUACUUCUCUGGUGUGAACAUAUAUAGAUUCCGGGCUGGUGUUAAAUCAACACCGGAGUUUUUGCAGUGUAGGUGAAAGGGCGGGCUCUUACAUUAUGCCAAUCCGACUUUUUGGAUCCGUGAAGGCAGCAGCAAAAUAAUUUCCGAUAUUACGUUAACUCGACUUCCUGGAUCUGCGAUAUUAUGUAGAUGGCAAGAUAACUUGACCCGGCAACUCUUCAACAGUGACCUCGGAGUGGUCCUAAAACAUACUCAAUGAGGCGCAGGAAUGAGUUCCGCCAUUCCACCAACUCUAUUGGCGCCCCCUAUGUCGAACAUCAAUUCGGCGCCCCUAGAUUGAACAUCAAUUUGGUGCCCCUACAUGUAUGUCGAACAUCGAUUCGGCGCCCCUAUGUCGGACAUCAAUUCAGCGCCCCUAGGUCGAACAUCAACUCGGCGCCUCCCGAGGUCAAACAUCGAUUCGGCACCCCCCCCCCCUCUUUUUUUUUCCUUCUAUCCCCCUUUUUCUCUUUCUCUUCUUCUUUCUCUCCUUUUUUCUUCCCCUUUUCUUUCCUUCUCUUUGCUUCCUCUUUUUGGCACCCCCUUUACGCCUACCCGGGGGGGGGGGGCGGGCCCCUCCCCCCCCCCCCCUGAAUACGCGCAUGUCUAUGUUUUGGCCCUUGAAGAGGACGAAGUAUACAGAGUCAACCAAACAAGCUUUGUGGGGCCUGAGAAGGAGCGGUGACAGGAUUCGGCAGUUGUUAACCCAACGUUACAAACACGGUAUAUAUUCAAAAUCUUUAAUCCGGGACGGCAAGAAGAAUGAAUCCAGCACAUCAAGCCAUGGUCUAAAUCUCUGCUACAAUAAUUAUGGGAGGCCAAAAUUGACGUAAUUUUGACUUCAUUGUAUAAUUCUGAUGUUUACCGCGCUCUUUUUGUGCUUUGAUGAUGAAGGAAGCUGUUUUAGAUACUAUUUCCAGAUGACUCCUGAAGACGGACAGUCAACCUGCCCGAAACGUCGAGUCUCUCUUCUACUCAUCAUCUCUACUCGCCGACUCAAGCCAGCAUCUCCUCAUUAGCUCUACUACUCAAGCUGUUCUCAACUCAUCAAUCUUUCCUGGUUUACAGUCCUUUUCAGGACUACUUUCAAGAAAGAAUAUUCUACUCUCAAAUCUCCACUUUCUCGCCUAUCAAUUUCUUCUCUUCUUCUAUCAACUGUUUCUAUAACACUUCACAUGGUGUACCGUAAACCACAUCAGCGAUUGUACAUACCACCAUGCAAACCUUCAAACAACAUCUAUUUCCAGAUAGUUCUGAAUUAUAUAUUUGAAUGUUUAUUAUGAGUUGACAUUUUUAACCUGUCGUUUGGGAUCAAUUGUGUCACAAUUGGCUAUCCAUUGUUAAACCUCAUCUUUAAACAAUAGUUAAACCUGUUUCAUAAUGAUUUGUUAUGACAAAUGAACCGUUUCUAUAACAAAUUUAAUCUCAACCAAUCAGAUUGAAGGAUUUCAGUAGCUUUUAACUGUUAUUGCAAAUGUGUUAUGAUAAAAAGUUUUAUGAAACGGAUCCCAUGCGGGCGGGAGGGUCUAUAAAAACUUUAAAAAGUGAUAAGAUGAGAUACGGCAUCUCAUCAACACGAAGUGACAGUCACUGAGCGGAAUCGUCGAGUUCUCGAAUCCUUUCCGCGCUAUUUCAAGAAUGUAAAGAUUCAUCGUUGACAUUUUAUUUGGGAAUUCGUCAAUGUGGCGUUACCUGAUGAACAAUAGUGAUUUUUUUAUUCCACGAUAUACGACGGAUUUAAGAACAUGGAAAAUGUAUUGCAAAUUCCCUUCAAUGGCAAGGGACAACCAAGAAGUCUUUGUCGAUUCUUAGUGAAUCAAUACAGGAGUUUGGGCCUGGACUCUGGAAUAAACGUCAUAUUUUUAAUUUGUCAUCAGCUCCGAGACUUAGGACUAAAAUGCUGUUUCGGUCCACACAUUUUUGACAAAGACCUCGCAGCUGUUUUUUUUUGUCAUUACAUGGGCAAUUUCGAUCCAUUUACUGUUUUCUUGAAUUCGUCGACGUUGCAGUUGCGAAAACUCGCGAUUGUAAGGUUUCCAAUUGCAGCUAAGGGAAUGUAUCAUCUCCAAGCAUAUAACGCCAAGGAGUGGCAUGAUGUGUGAAGCGGAUGAAAUAUAUUUUAUGUACAUAUAUUAAUAUGAACGUUUGAUUGUUGAACAUAGGAGUGAUUUAACAUUCACAAAAUCAUUUUUGAAUGAAAAUAUAUUUAGGUAUGUUACAGAUCAAUAACGAUGUUGUGGUAACAGUUAAGAGGUUAAGCAUCUUAUCACCGAUUAUGAUAUAUAUUGUAUAAUAGCUACAUUUUCUCAAUUAUGAGAGUGAAAAGUUAAAUACAUGUAAGUCAAUAAUGGUAAACAUAUAAAUAGUACUUCACAUCAUACAGAUGUUGCAUUGAUUAAUUAAUUACUCUAUACAAAUAAACAUUUAACAUAAUGU